AUGUUAAACAGGAGCACCGCCACUGCGAUGGCGAGAAGGAGCAGCAGUAACGGCUUCCAUCUCGUUAGAUCCCCGUCGUCGCAUGCACCAGGGCACAUGGCAGCGAUGCUGGCAGCCCAGCAAAGUAUAAGAAGAUCGAGCCAUCACCACUCUUUUGCCACUCCGUUACCAUUGUCUUCUUCUUCUACUUCUUCUUCACCUCUCUCCCAUCUACAAAAGAGUAACCGCAAUUUUACCUCCCGUAAAUUAGCACACUUUAAUAGCAGAUUGCCGGUGUUUUCUCGCUCUUCCACAUCUGUACUUUCCCGCCUGUUUACCACAUCUCUCGCCGCAAACAUGUGCUCUUGCUCUUCUGCUGUCGAUAGUACCGCUGGCCGUGAAAUCUUGCCAACCAAUGUCUACCCAGACCACUACUACAUCACUCUCGAACCAGAUUUCUCAAAAUUCACUUUUGAUGGUUCUGUCACUAUCGAUUUGGAUGUGAAAAAAACCAGCUCAUCUGUCACUUUGAACUACUUGGAACUCGACAUCAAAUCCGCUAAGAUUAACGGCGAACCAGUCUCUGACAUUAAAUAUGAUGAAAAGAAACAAGAAGUCGAAUUCAUCAGCGCCUCUGAAUUGGUCGAAGGUACCAAGGCUAAGAUUCAAGUUGACUUUAUUGGUAUCUUGAACGACCAAAUGGCCGGUUUCUACAGAUCCACCUACAAAGACGAACAAGGUAACACCAAAUAUUUGGCUACCACCCAAUUCGAAGCCACUGACGCCCGUCGUGCCUUCCCAUGUUUUGAUGAACCAUUGCUCAAAUCCAAAUUCGAAGUCACCUUGAUCGCUGAUAAAGAAUUGACCACUUUGGCCAACAUGUUGCCAAAGGAUGAAAAAGAUUUGGGUAACGGUAAGAAGGCUGUUACUUUCGAAUCCACUCCAUUGUUGUCUACCUACUUGGUUGCCUUCAUUGUCGGUGACUUGCGUUAUGUUGAAAACAACGAUUACAAAAUCCCAGUCAGAGUUUACACCACCCCAGGUUUGGAAAAAGAAGGUGAAUUCUCUGCUGCUUUGGCCGCUAGAACCCUUAAAUUCUUUGCUAAGGCUUUCGAUAUUGAAUACUACUUGCCUCACAUGAAUAUGGUUGCCAUUCACGAUUUCUCUGCUGGUGCCAUGGAAAACUUGUCUUUGAUCACUUACCGUGCCAUUGAUUUGUUGAUCGAUGAAAAAACCGCUUCUUUGUCCAGAAAAUUGCGUGUUUCCGAAGUUGUUCAACACGAAUUGGCUCACCAAUGGUUUGGUAACUUGGUCACCAUGAAAUGGUGGAACGACUUGUGGUUGAACGAAGCUUACGCCACCUACUGUUCUUACAUGGUUUUCGAAGAAACUGAAAAUGAAUCAUUUAUUUUCCAAAACUUUGAAGCCGACACCUUGUCUGCUGCCUUUAGACUCGAUGGUUUGAGAUCUUCUCACCCAAUCGAAGUUCCUGUCAAGAAGGCUGGUGAAAUUAACCAAAUUUUCGACGCCAUUUCUUACUCCAAGGGUUCCUGUUUGUUGAGAAUGAUUGCUCACUGGUUAGGUAAGGACGUUUUCCUCAAGGGGGUUUCCAACUACUUGAAAAAGCACAAGUACGGUAACGCCGAAACCGCCGAUUUGUGGGCUGCUUUGGCUGAAGCUUCAGGUAAAGAUGUCCCAACCGUCAUGGACAAAUGGACCAAGAACAUCGGUUACCCAGUGGUCACCGUCACCGAGGAUGGUAACAAGAUCAAAUUGGAACAACACCGUUUCUUGUCUACCGGUGAUGUCACCGAAGAAGAUGAUAAGGUUUUGUACCCACUCUUCGUUAACUUGAAGACCCCAGCUGGCGUUGACUCCGAUAUGACCUUGAAUGGCCGUGAGACCACUUUUGAAUUGAAGGAAGGUGAAGAUUUCUUCAAGGUUAACACCGACGGUGUUGGUUUCUACAGAACUUUGUACACUCCAGAAAGAUGGGCCAAGUUGGGUAAGGCUGGUUCUGAAGGCUUGUUAUCUACUCAAGACCGUACCUGUUUGGUUGAAGAUGCCUACUCUUUGGCUGUUUCUGGUUACUCAUCCACUACCGAUUUCUUGAACUUGGUUAGUGGUUGGACUGAAGAAUCCGAAUUCAUUGUCUGGUCUUCUAUUUUGGGAUCUAUUGGUGAAUUGCGUGGUGUUAUGAAAUUCUUUGGCGAUGAAGGUAAGUCAGUGGCCGGAUUGAAGGCUUUGACUAGACACUUGAUUUCUGCCAAGAUCAACUCUCUUGGUUGGGAAUUCGGUGCCAGCGAAGCUGUCUUGGACCAACGUUUGAAGGCUGCUUUGUUUGGUGCUGCUAGCAGCGCUGAAGAUCCUCUUGUUGCUGACGAUAUCAAGGAAAAAUUCGCCAAGUUUAUCGCCGGUGAUAAGGAAGCCAUUAAUCCAAACAUCAAGAAUGCCGUGUUUGCCGCUGUUGCCCGUACCGGUGGUGAAAAGGAAUACGACCAAUUCUUGGAAAUUUACAAGAACCCAUCCUCUUUGGAUGAAAAACUUUUGGCGUUGAGAUUCUUGGGUGCCUUUACUGAACCAGCUUUGAUCCAACGUACUUUGAAAUUGGCCUUGGACCCAGAAGUUGUCAAGCCUCAAGAUAUUUACAUUCCAUUGCAAGGUUUGAGAGCUCACAAGGAAGGUGUUUUGGCUCUUUGGCAAUGGUUCCAAGACAACUGGGAUGUCUUGGUGAAGAGAUUCCCACCAUCUUUGAACAUGUUGGGUAACAUUGUUUCCUUGUGUACUUCUGGUUACUUGGUUCCAGGGGCUAGACAAGAAAUCAACAAAUUCUUUGCCGACAAGGACUUGACCGGUAUCGACAAGAACUUGGAACAAGCUUUGGACAGUUUGGAAAGUAAAUGGAACUGGUUGGUUAGAGAUGGUGAAAAGGUCAGCAAAUGGUUGGACCAAAAUGGUUACAAGAAAUAA